UCUAACUUUAGGAGACUGUGUCAGUGUAGCAGCCGUCAGCUUCAGGGGAACACACUUCAGAUCGAGUCAAUACAUGUGUUCGCUGCUGGCGGGAAGGAGCGAGGAGACCUUGGUUGCCAUGGCUUCAGCCAAUGAGAGCGGGGAGCGUGGCGACCAGACGGUGCCUGAUGGCGACAAGAAGGAGGAGCAGGAGGAGAAGGAGCAGGAGGAGAGGAGCAUCCGAGGAGUCCAGUCCCAGUACCUGCGCUGCCCCUCGCCCAGUUUCUCCAUGGCCUCAGAGUCCAGGUUUUCCAUGAUCUCCGGCUCUGACGCCGCGAGCAUCUUCAUGGAGCCCAUCCACCUCUCGUCAGCCGUCGCUGCCAAGAAGAUCAUCAACGAGGAGCUUCCUCCUCGAGGCGUACGCACCGAGUCCGUCCCUGAGUCCAUGCUGGAAAGCGCCGAGCAGCUGAUGGUUGAGGACCUCUACAACCGCGUCAGGGACAUGAUCGACGACCGAAGCCCCUACAACACCCCGUGUGUGCUGGACAUCCAGAGGGCCAUGGUGCAGGACCGCCUGGAGGCUCCCGCCAACCCUGUGGACGAGGUCUGGCCCAACAUCUUCAUCGCUGAGAAGUCCGUUGCAGUGAACAAAGCCCGUCUGAAGCGAAUGGGCAUCACACACAUCCUGAACACGGCCCACGGCACCGGAGUCUACACCAACGAGUCCUUCUACGCCGGCAUGAACAUCCAGUACAUGGGCAUCGAGGUGGACGACUUCGCCGACGCCGACAUCUCGACGCACUUCCGACCCACGGCCGAAUUCCUGGACGAGGCUCUGCUGACACACAAAGGGAAAGUUCUUGUGGUUUCCAUGAUGGGCGUCAGUCGCUCUGCCGUCCUGGUGGCGUCCUACCUGAUGAUCUUCCAGCACAUGAGCAUCAUGGAGGCCCUGACCUCCAUGAGGAAGAAGCGCGCCAUCAACCCCAACGAAGGCUUUCUGAAGCAGCUGCGGGAGCUCAACGAGAACUUGAUGGAGGAGCGCGACGACGACGACGAGACGCUCAGCCAGUGCUCGGUGAUCGACGCUCGUGCCCGCGCUCGGAUCUUCGGCGAAGGCGGGGAUGAGGACGAUGACGAUGACACCGAUAAAGAGGACGAGCAGAGCAUGAUCGAGGUGAAAGCUCAGUCCAUUAUGAUGGAGGAGGAGGAGGAUGGGGAAAGUGUGAUGAGCAGCGUGGCCUCGUCUGCAGCUGCUGCUGCUCUUAGGAGCGGACUGAUCGGUGUCCAGAACGGACACGACCACCAGGCGGCAACCGGGGCUCAAGAGGAGCUAGUUUUGCCGGGGAACGACGGGAGGGAAGAUGACGACGACGGCAUCGACAGCGUCAUCUUUGAGUGGCAACGGAGAAAUGAAAAAUACCAAAGUGAGGAGUGGUGGGAGGCGCAGCUGAACAGCGACGACGAGGAUGGAGAAUCUGUAGCAGGACGUAAGACGAAAGAAGGUGCGGACGCCGACGUGGAGAGCAUCACCAGCGAGGACGUGCGAGCCGUGAAAGAGCGCUUGAAGCGACGCAACAGACGUCCGCCCUCGGACGCGAUGUCCACCUCCAGCUGCACGAGUUACUCUGACCUCUGGAAACAGCGUCUGAGGGAAAUCGAGGAACAAGCUGCUGCGCGCUACCGCAAGAAAGAGGACGCUGAAGAAACUGAGAGCACCGCCACUGAAGGCCCUGGAGGGAAGAAGAAGAUCGACGAUGAAGUGGACAGCAUCCUCUCUGACACCACCUCCAUGUACAACUUCUGUCAAAAGAAUAGAGAGAAGAUGACGCCUCUGGAGCGUUGGCGCGUCAAGAGGAUCCAGUUCGGCUGGAACAAGAAAGACCGCGAGGACGGAGAUAAAAGUUCUGUUUGUGACGGAGAGAAAGGGGACGGCGAGGGAGAAGCCAGGGCGCCGUCCUUCCAGGAUGUCAACCUCACGGCGUAUCAGGCGUGGAAGAUGAGGCAGCAGAAACGCCUCGGGGAGGAAAACACCGAGGAAAUCUUGGAGAUGAGUCGAGGAGAAGACUCGGCCACAGCCAAGAGAAGGCAAAGGCGCGAGGAGAUCCUGGAGCGCUCAAAGAAAACUUUAGAAGAAAGUCAGUCCAUGUGUGGCUGGGAGUCCGAGAGCUGCGUCAGUGGAGGUACGAUUCCCCUGUCCGCCUUCUGGGCCGGAGCUGGUGCCCAGGGCCCCCCGAGCGUCGCCAACGAUGACAACAUGUCCAUGCUCAGCGGCCGCUCGUCGGUCAUAUCCUCAGUUUCACAAGCUCGCAGUACGAGGUCGGCACAGUCUGGAGUCCCGGUGAAUCCUCCGGUUCCUCCCAUCCUCCCGGUUCCAACUGUGCAGGGGCCUGGGGGCGAACCGAUGGUCAAUCUGGCCAGCAUCCAGAACUGGAUCGCCAACGUCGUCUCUGAAACAAUCAAACAGAAGCAAACUGAAAUGAGUCUGCCUCCUCCGUCACGUGCCGGGUCUGAACUCAGCUUUGGUGGUGCAGGAAGUGUCCUUUCGGGCCGAGGGGUGGAUGACGACAAAGCGUCCUUGCUGAGCGGUGCUUCCUACUCCAGUGCUCUGGCCCAGGGGCGUGGUAAGGCGGCGUCGGUUCUCUCAGCCGGGGGGUCAAGCAGCAUCUCAGGUCUCAGUGGUAGAGGCUCCGUUCUGGGCUCCAGCCUGGGUUCGAGCCUGGGCUCUAAGAAGAACAAGAUCACCACCACCAGCGUCCCCCUCUUCAGCCUCUUCCAGGACCAGGUCGACCUGGGCAAACUGGACGCCAUAGACAAGGAGAUCAAGUCUGACAUGAGGGACAAGAUGGCUACGUACGAAAAGAAGAAGAUCCUGGAAGACAACAAGCGCAGUACUAUGUACAAGAAAAAGAAAGCCAAAGAGGACGAAGAUGAGGAGGAGGAAAGAAAGAAGAAAGAGGAAGAGUUUCUCCAAGAGACAAAGAAGAAGGAGAAACCAAAGAGGACGUUCGGUCUCUCUGGGUGCCUGAAUCUGAACCCCGCGCUGGAAAAAGGUAAAGACACCAGCAUCGACGACUGGCUAAAAAGUGUCAGGCCUCCUCCGAGGAAACCGGCUCCAGGAGCAGAAGCAGACGAUCCAUAUGAUGAUCUUGACGCCUCGGCUUCUGAGUUCGACUUCUCCAGCCGCAGAGCUUCCUACGCUGUUGAAGAAGAAGAGGAGGAGGAGGAGGAGGUGUACGGCGUGGCCUCCAGAUACCGGUCGAGGUUACACGAAGAUCCGUCAGGUGAAGACAAUGACUAUUCCUGCAACGGGUUCACGCAAUCCCACGGCUACAGCCGAGCAGGGAGGUCGUACGCAGCGUACGAGGAGAGCGACGAGGGAACAGAGAGCUACUCCUCCAGGAGAAAGUUCACCCAUCACUCGCGGUAUGAGAGCAGCGAGGCAGAAGGGAGGAGCAGCAGGAGGCAGGAGGCCAACGAGGUGGAGGAGGAGGAUGAUAUCGCUACGUUCAUCGCCCAAACCAGGCAAAGGAUCAGAGCUCGGGCGGCGGUGGAAGCUGAAGACGACGAGGUGCUCGCUGCUUGGAGGGCGCAGCAGGAGGCAAAGUCACAGAGCAGGAACGAGUCAUAAAGUAAAAACGUGAAGAGCCGUGAGGUGGGUCAGUGUAUGUUCAGGUCAUUGGAUUUUCCUUUCAGAAAAGGAUAUUAAAAGAACAACAAAUGGUUUAAGUGGUUAAAUUCAAAAAUUAAAAUUUAGUCCUGAAUGGAUAAACAAAACUUUAUUUUCCCUGCUUCUAAAAACAAAAAAUAAAAUCGUUAGAAACAAAAAAAAGCGCACGUUUUUUUUUCAUAUUGUGCGACCGGAAGUUGUUGUUUUCAAACUAAGAGCGUGAAUGAGGACGGCGCUGUGUAACGGAAGUUGAUGUACGUUGUUUUUCGAAACAAGAGUCUCAGUGAAGAUGACAUGGCUGCAGAAAAGCCUUAUAUUCAGGUAAAAAAAAAAAAAAAUAAAUAACCACAUAUAAUCAGGGAAUAGUACCAGCUAACAUUACUCUGAUAUGCGUGCAGACAUUUCUGCAGAUGAAAAGCCUUGUUUUGUCAAAAAUCACGUGAGAGUUAGCCUCCAAAGACAUUUUAGCCUGGGCUAGCUAGGGAAACCACACAGAGAAGUUAUAUUUUUGGACGCUUUAGCCAGAAAUACAGCACCAUCCUCAUGCGUGCUCUUACUUUGGAAACGACAAGUUCUGGUUGCAAAAUAUUUGUCGAAAAACUUUUUUGUUUCUGUCUUUUUUUGAAACAGAAAAUUAAACCGGUUUAAACGUUUUAUUUAUCCAUUCUAUACCUUGAUUAAGCAAAGUACCUUGAAUUUCAAAUUUUCAAAAAUGAAAAUCAAAUUUUUCGUCCUUUUCUGAACGGACAUCCAACGACCACAACAUACAGGGACCAGGGUGGAUUAAGGGCUUUUUGUUGUGCACAGCAAUAAUAAUAAUGAUCGAUAUGCAGUAUUCACAAUUGUAGAGAGAAUAUGCACUUUUAUCUUAACUGCAUCCAAAUAUUAGAAAAAUGUGAAUAGUGAAGGUUCUUCCUCAGUUAUGGUUUUGUUUGCACCAUUUCUUUUUUUUUAACAUAAAACACGUUUAGUGCAAAUUAACAAAAUGUAUUAUUGUAAUAAAUGCUCUGGUAAAUGA